UACCUGCUGGACUGUGACAAGGUCCCGUCCCUGCCCAACGUCACCUUCGUCCUGGGGGGCAAGGAGUUCACGCUGGGCCCCCGGCAGUACGUGCUGCAGGUGUCGCAGUGGGGGUCCCCCACGUGCGUCAGUGGCUUCAUGGCCCUGGAUGUCCCCCCGCCCGCGGGUCCCCUCUGGAUCCUUGGGGACGUUUUCCUGGCCGUGCACUACGCCGUCUUCGACCGCGACCGCGACCGCGUGGGGCUGGCACGCAGCAAGUGA